ACGCAGUUAUUUCCGUGUGUUUCGGAUGUCAAUGGCGGCAAGUGUAAACUGGAGUUUGUCAACAGCUUAUAUCGCAAAAAAAUACAUUUUAAAGAAAGUCUUUAUGUGCUAAGUGUUGCCACUUUCGCUGCUAGCUAGCAUAUUAGCUGCCAGAGCUGUUAAACAUCUUAACGAGCAAGGUUUAACUUUAAGUUUCAUUUCAUACAGUAUGGCUGCUAGCGGGGAGAUUGCUAGCAUGCCGUCAGAGGAAGAGCCAGGAGUUCGACAUCUAACCGAGGAGGAGGAGGAAGAAGAAGACCUGGAGCUAGCGUUAGCAAACAUGACGGUGGAAGACCUGCUGCAAAAAGUGCAGUCAGUGCAGACGGAGAAUAUGACCGAAGAGGUGGGCGUCAACACGGACACGGACUGGGAGAGUCAGGUGGCGGCCAUGUUGGAUUACAGCUCCAGCCUCACGGAACAGUACGACAACAUGAAGAAGCAGCAGGGCGAGGAGGGGGUGGCGCAUGAGAAACAGAAGCAACAGGUGCAGAGGAGGAAGGAGGAGGCCACCCGGCAGCACCUGGCUCUUCUGGACAAACUGGAGUCUCUGCGAGUUAAACUGCAGCUGAACAACUCCAAGGCCACCAGGAAGAACUUCCUAUCCAAGAAACAGGAAAUGACCUCAGAGAAGAACAGAGCAGAGGAGGAGAGAAACAGGCUGGCCAACGAGCUGGAGGACAACGAGAUCAAGCUGGCGGCUCUCAUGGAGGACCAGAGCGAGGAGCAGCGGAGGUGGCAGGAGGAGCUGGACGAGCUACGGCAGGAGAUGGAGCGGGGGAGUAAGGAGGCGCAGGAGGCCGAGCUGCUGGCCCUGCAGGACGAGAUCUCUGCCGUGGAGAAGCAGAGGGAGGUCGCCAUGGCCCGCAUCGAGGGCUGGCUGAGGGAG